GGAGAAUCCAAAUACGCGUCUUGUGUGAGAAUCUUCUCACCGCUCUGAAAGAAGAGACCUUUGCGCCUUCUGGUUCGGUUUGAAACCCUAAUCCUAUUCCAAACCCUAGGGGCAGCAUUAAAGACCUUACACUUCUUCGUUGCGGCGACGAUGAACCAUUACGACCUCAGAUUCUCCGAUCCUCACUCCUACCGCGAACGUAGAAGCGACCUAAUGGUGGCACCGCCUCCCGUAGCACCUCCGCCGAUGAUGGGCGGUGUAGUCGGUGGGCCCAGCCCGACCUACGGACGGGGUGGGCCGGCUUCCUACGGAGGACCUUCAGUUUCUUUCCCUAACGGCGGAAGAGGAGGUGGGGAUGUUUCCGGAUCUGUGCCUGGCGGAGGGGGUUUCAACGCUAUCCCGCCUUUUCAGCCUGGUUCCGGAAGGUUUGAGAUUGGCCGGGGUGGCGGUGGCGGAGUAGGAAGGGGGUUUAGUGGAGGGAAAGGUAGUGGUGGAGAGUUCGGUGGAAGAAUGGCUAAUGGUGAUCUUGGAAAUAGAAGAGGCGAUGGAGAUCGAGGUCGUGGUGGUGGUGGUGCUAGGGGCCGAGAAGGUGGGCGAGGUACAGGUGAUGGAGGGAGGCGUGCUUAUGACUCCGGUCGUGGCGGAGGUAGGACAGGCGGCAGCAGGAGUUCAGAUGGUGGCAGAGGUGGUGGCGGCAGUAGGACUUUUGAUGGAGGCCAUGGUCGCGGCGGUAUUAGAAGUUCUGACGCUGGCCGUGGUGGUAGGAGUUUUACCGGAGGCAGGGGUGGUGGAAGGAGUGGUUUUGACGGAGGCCGUGGUGGAAGGGGAGGUAGGCAUGGGGGAGCAUCGAGAGGGGACUUAGACAACAUUGCUCUUCCCAAGCAAGAUUUUGGAAGCUUGGUUCCCUUUGAGAAGAAUUUUUACAUUGAGAGCCCUUCUGUGCAAGCAAUGUCGGAGCAAGAAGCAAUGCUCUAUCGUGCGAGGCGUGAAAUCACAGUGGAAGGCUAUGAUGUCCCGAAGCCUAUCCGACACUUUCAAGAGGCAAAUUUCCCUGGGUAUUGCCUUGAGGUGAUUGCUAAAUUGGGUUUUGUUGAGCCAACACCUAUUCAGGCUCAAGGAUGGCCAAUGGCCUUAAAGGGUAGAGAUUUAAUUGGCAUUGCCGAGACUGGCUCAGGGAAGACCUUGGCUUAUUUGCUUCCAGCUUUGGUUCAUGUUAGUGCACAGCCUCCAUUAGUUCGAGGUGAAGGUCCUAUUGUGCUAGUGUUAGCACCUACAAGAGAAUUGGCUGUUCAGAUUCAAGAAGAAGCUCUAAAAUUUGGAUCAUUUACAAAGAUUAGGAGCACUUGCAUUUAUGGUGGUGCUCCAAAGGGACCACAGAUUCGUGAUCUUCAAAGAGGUGUUGAGAUUGUCAUUGCUACACCUGGACGAUUAAUAGAUAUGCUGGAGGCUCAACAUACAAACCUGCGAAGAGUGACUUACCUUGUAUUAGAUGAGGCUGACCGAAUGUUAGACAUGGGAUUUGAACCUCAGAUCAGGAAAAUUAUUUCCCAAAUCCGACCAGAUAGACAGACAUUAUACUGGAGUGCCACAUGGCCAAGGGAGGUGGAAACUCUAGCGAGGCAGUUCUUACGUAAUCCAUACAAGGUAAUCAUUGGAUCCCAAGAGCUGAAAGCAAAUCAAUCUAUUCAACAAGUUGUUGAGGUUGUGACAGAGACGGAGAAAUAUAACAGGUUGAUCAGAUUGCUCAAAGAAGUGAUGGAUGGAAGCCGAAUCCUGAUAUUCAUGGAGACAAAGAAGGGAUGUGACCAAGUUACUAGGCAGAUGAGAAUGGAUGGAUGGCCAGCUCUAUCUAUCCAUGGUGAUAAAAACCAGGCUGAAAGGGACUGGGUCCUUGCAGAGUUUAAAAGUGGCAGAAGUCCUAUAAUGACUGCCACUGAUGUAGCUGCCCGUGGUCUUGAUGUGAAGGACAUAAAAUGUGUGAUCAAUUAUGAUUUCCCAUCAAGCCUCGAAGAUUAUGUCCACAGGAUUGGCCGAACAGGUCGUGCAGGGGCCAAGGGAACUGCCAUUACCUUUUUUACACAUUCAAAUGCAAAGUUUGCUAGAGAUCUCAUCAAGAUUCUGCAAGAAGCAGGGCAGGUUGUGAGUCCUGCAUUGUCUGCCAUGGCCCGCUCAAGUGGUUCUGCAUUUGGAGGUUCCGGAGGCAACUUCCGAUCAAGGGGACGGGGAGGCAGCUUUGGCAACCGAGGUUUGAUUUCAGGAUCUAAUAUCAUUCCUCUUGGUGCAAGGAGGCCUUGGUAGUUGCUGCUGCUGCUUUGGACCUUCUUGGAUUUGAAAGAACAAGUUUAGACUGCCAUCUAUGCAAUAUAAUGGCAGUCAUGUUAUCGAUCACAGCAGCAAUGACUUGAGAAGGUAGAAAUUGGAAGCUCUGUUAGUUUUGCGACCAAGCCUGUUGCAGAUGCUUCUUUAAGUAACGUCCAUUUUUUGGAUAUAACUUUCUGAUCUAGAAAAUGCUUGCAAAAGCCCUGGCUUUUCAUUGUCAGGACGAAUAUUCUCAUUUUUUGGUGGGUUCAGGGAAUGGGAUAGUGUUGAGGUAUAAAAGAUAAAAUGUUCCCAUGGAUCAUGUAUUAAUAGAAAAAACAAUAGCACAUUGUUUCUCCAGUUUGAUUUAUAACCGAAGGUGUAGUAGGUUGGCUUUGUAAAACUAUAUUUUGGACUCAGGAUACAGCAGACUCGAUUCAAUUUGAUGUUUGAAGUGGGAUAGCCAGUUUGUUAUGGCUAUAAUCAAAAUUAGCAAUUGAAUUCGUCCAGUAGCUGUUUGGAAA